GAUCCGGCGCCGAUGCGGCAAGUCGUAUGCGGAAGAGGGCGCGAGUGCGAAUCGAUUUGUCAGUGCGUGCAGCAUUAUGCAGUGAUGUUUCGCGUGUGAUCUCUCGACAUCCGACCAAACGUAUAUACGAAUAUUGACGAGCUCCGUUUUUCUCAUUGUCGCUUCGAGUAAAGAAUCAUGAGAUACAGAAGCACUAAGGAAAUCGAAUCGCUGGACGAGAUAACCAUCGAAGCGGAGAACGGGAUGCUGUCCAAUGGCAAACCUAAAGAUGAUAACAUGGACGAGCAGCCCACUACUACUGAUAUACUCAACCCUUUUGUGCAUCGUCUCGAGCUUGAGACUACUUACGAAAAAUUUAAGCUGGCCUUCCUAACGGUAGCGCUUUUGCCAAUCAGGUUGUUUGCGAUCACGGUGUUGGUAGUGGUCGCCUGGCUGUUGGCCUCGGUCGGGCUCUACGGCGUCACCGAAGAGGACCUCAGAAGGGAACCCCUCAAGGGAUGGAGGCGCAAAGUGGUUCCAUAUCUGUGUAUGCUGGGCAGACACACAUAUCAAGCAGGUGGUAUGAAGAUCAUCGUUAAAGGCAAGCAAGCAAGUCGGACGGAAGCACCGAUUCUCGUGGUCGCACCACAUUCGACUUUCAUCGACGGCGGCAUCGUCUACGUCACGGGAUUCCCAUCAAUCAUCGUCAGACGAGAAUCUGGACAGAAUCCCUUUUUAGGAAAAUUAAUAAAUUACACGCAGCCGGUGUACGUCUGGCGAGAUGACCCGAACUCAAGGCAGAAUACUGUUAAGGAGAUCAUUGAACGUGCUACUUCCAAACAAGAUUGGCCUCAGGUGAUGAUAUUCCCGGAAGGCACGUGCACCAAUCGCUCGUGUCUGAUAACAUUCAAGGCCGGUGCAUUCUACCCCGGAGUGCCGGUGCAGCCAGUUUGCAUUAGGUAUCCCAACAAGCUCGACACUGUCACUUGGACUUGGGAGGGUCCUGGAGCGCUGAAGUUAUUAUGGCUAACCUUAACGCAACUAAACAGCAGCUGCGAAAUUGAAUUCCUACCGGUUUACAAGCCAAGCGAAGCUGAAAAGUUAGAUCCUAAGCUCUACGCCAACAACGUUCGACGGCUUAUGGCCGAAGCAUUGAAAAUUCCGGUAUCGGAUUAUACAUACGACGACUGUCGAAUAAUCAACAAAGCGCACCAGCUACACAUACCAAAUGCCGCAGCUAUCAUCGAGGCGCACAAGUUGCGUUUGAAACUCGAUUUGGCCAAAAACAAUACCGAAGAAGAACUCGUACGACGAAAGACACACAGAUUUCCCGAGACGGUUGACUAUCAGGAUUUCACACGGUUGUUAGGUCUCGACGAGAACAACGCCACAGCUCAUCUGUUAUUUAAAGUUCUUGAUAAGCAUCAUUGUGGAGCGAUCGACUUUGAACAGUACAUAUUCACGGUGAUGGCGAUGGCACAUGCCAACACGGAACUCGAUCUCGUGGAGAUCGCUUUUGAAGUUUGCAGUUCGAAUUCAAGUAACACACUGAAUGUCCAAGAAUUGAGGAAAGCAUUGCGACUAGCACUAAACAUACAAGGCGACGAGUCUGAUAAGAUCUUCCAUCAUAUGCAAAGGGAGCAUCAAUACACAUUCGUUAACCACGAAAUGGUGCUGAAUGUAUUAAGUACACGAGCAGAGUAUCAGCAUUUAUUCGCGGCGUGCGACGAGGCGAGGCGCAAAAAAAAGAGCAUUUGAGAGCGUCUAUUUCCAAAAUCACAACGUCCUCCGUGCUCAUCGUCUUCGAGUCGGCAUCGAUUAUUCUGCCCGGAUACUUCGCUUGCCAUACCCUCGACCACUUCACCACUUGUACAAGAGGUUCCCAAUUUCACUCAACUCGUUUAGAAUUAUUAAUUAUCUUUACUCUCGUGUAUUGAUUUGUAGUGCGUAAACAUGGAUUCGAGUCAAUUACAGACGAACUUCGCCUGUUUGGAUAUGUAUAAUGUCAAUUUUGCGAACGAGUGACUGUGUAUGAUAGUGAGAAAUUGACGAGUAAAAUCAAACAUUACCGGGGUUGUAUUUUUAUUUAUUUAUUAUUUUCUUUUUCUUUUUUUUUUAUGGAGUAAAAGACAUUCAAAUAAGCGACGAAGCGACGUUCUACUAUAAAAAGAAAAAGAGAAGGAUCAUAUAUAUACUUGCAAUUUUUAAAGGGCGGCCUAAUUAAAGAAAGACCCUUCUCGGGAGCAUUUUUAGGCGUGUUUUCACAACAGUCAUGUAAAUAGAUAAAACACAUAGUGCAUUUUCAUUGAAAUAAAUAGAUAAUAAAUGGAAAGAAGAGAGAAUUAUUAUUGUAUAUAUAGCAGAAAGAUGAUAAUUAUUGUUAUUAACGUAUGUAUUUUUUUAUUUGCAUACAAAGAUGUUGAGUUUUGACGUUUAACUAUAUACAAUAUAUUUCGUUUGUUGCACUUACUAGCUAUCUGGAAAUUAAAUAUUACUAUUUUUUGUCUUUCGGAUGGGAAAAAACAUACAACUAUGUUGGAUAUCUUUAAUCAUUAACUAAUAUCUUAAGUUGUAAAUAUGUUAACUUUUAUCUAAUUUACACUUUACGUCUUGUAUACUUAAGAACCUUGUAUUUUUUCCAUCAAGCAGAAGUUAUAUUUCUGUAGGAACAAUCAUUGUCCCGCAUCAUUAAAAAGUUGCUAAAAACCGGCCAAGACGCGCGUUCGAUAUAAAGCGAAUGUGUUGUGCGAAAAAAACAAAAGGACGUAGGCACCGUAGCUUAUAUAUUAAUAGAGACAUAAUCCUUUUUCUAAAUAGAUUGAACAAGAAACAAUCCUACAGUAUUUAAUACUCGAAAAAUGAUAUAUGAUGAAGUUUUUUGUAAUAAGAAGAGUUCAUCGCGUUGUUCAGUAUUUAUUUUCGUUUUCUUUUGUCUCCUUUUCUUUUCUAAAAAAAUAUUUUCGAGAAAGGCUAUGAGAAAGAAUAAAGGGAUAUUUUUAUUUAUUGCCGGCUAUAUUUGCGUUCGACGCGCCGUGCGUAAG